UCAAAACUUUCUAACGCAUUACUCAUCACGUUUUAAUGUCCUUCAUAAUUAUUUUGAUAAGGCAAUAAAAUUAUUUACAGAUCUAUAUCUUGUUCAAUUUGAUCAAAAUCGUUCUUUUGAAGUUUCAACAACGGCACGAGGCCAACGUUCUCGUUCGUUCUUUCGUUAAUCGAGCAAAUCUGAAUCGCGGUUAGCGCAUUGCAUAACAAUUUCCGAAAAUUUCUCAAGCCGAGCUGAGCGACAGUCGCGAGUCGCGCGCAGAAACUGUAUGCAGAGAAGAGAGACGGUGCAACCGGUAGCGGAGGUGGUGGCGAUGAUGGUGGCGGUUGUAGAGGUACCAGGAGACUCCGCGCUCUCGAUCGUGACCUAAGAGCGAGCGAGCAGAUAUAGCGAACAAACGUAAAAGCGAGACCGAAAGAUUAACCGGCGUGGAGGAGGUGGAGGCGGAGGAAGAGGAAAGACCUCGGUAUCGCGGGCGAAAGCGAGAGGAGGACGGAGAAGCGGCGAAGACGAAGUAGUAGGUGGCUGAAGAGGAGGUGAUGGCGGUGAAGGAGGAGAUGUGGAGGAGGAGGAGGAGGAGGAGGAAGAGGAGGAGGUGAAAAAGGAGAAGGAGGAGGAGGUGGCGGCGGCGACGUUGGUGGUGGUAGGAGAACCAGCCUCCGCCAGUCCAUCCACGUGUUCAGUGUAGUUGCGCGUUAUGACCCGGAUGUUAGAUCGUAGCCGCAGUUUCGCGAGAACCUGUCGACCCGGAUGUCCCCCCGCUCGUUGUCCACCAAUGAUCGACUGAUGUCUUCCUGGCCACCGAAAUAUGUUCAAUCGGAUAGAUGCGAGCAAGUCUACGAAAGGCGCCAGCAAACUUCGAAGGGACCUGAUAAACGCCGAAAUCGCGAAUCUACGUGACUUACUGCCGUUACCGCCCUCGACACGCCAGAGGCUUUCCCAGCUGCAGCUUAUGGCCUUGGUCUGCGUGUUCCUGCGAAAAGCCAACUACUUUCAGCAAGCAUUGAAAAACUGCCCGUCCGAGUCCUCGAAUGUUCCAACACCUAAUAUAGGAUUUUCAAAAGCGAUGUCCGGCUUCAUUAUGAUGAUGACGCAGCAAGGAAAAUUGUUAUAUAUAUCGGAAAAUGCGGCAGAUUAUCUCGGGCAUUCUAUGGAGGAUUUACUCAUUCACGGGGACAGCGUGUACGAUGUGAUCGACAAGCAGGAUCAUAUGGUCGUGCAAAAUCAAUUAUCCCGAAACAGUCCCAUUCCCAGCGACAGGAGACUGUUUCUUUGUCGAAUCAACGUGUCAAGAAAUUCUCGGAGGCAGCUGCGGUUCGGCGAUCAAAAGGUGAUUAAAAACUGUCGAUUAACUUCAAGACAUCACCCACUUUUCGCGCAUCAUUCGCUUUUAAUUCCGCAGGUAAUUCUCGUGGAGGGUCACUUUUUGCCGUUCGUUCCCGUAUGCAAUCGCAACGAGUUUGUUUUCCUGGCAUCGUGCACCCCGGUGGUUCUGCCGGAGACGCGAGAGAGCAUCGUCCAGGGCGCGACGAAUAUCUUCACCACGAUUCACUCGAUGGACAUGAAGUACCUGCACAUCGAUAAAACCGCGGAAAGUCAUCUGGAGUACACGCGCGCCGAGCUGAUCAAUGUGUCGUGGUACAAUCUACUUCACUGGGACUCUAUAAGGACCGCCUAUUGCAAGCAUCAAACUGUCAUCCAGUCAGAUCAGGAGCGAUCCACGACCGCUCUACUAAAGCUACAAUGCCGCUCCGGGAGGUGGUUCUGGGUCCAUUGCGUGCUGCAGGUCAAGGACACUUCCGACGAGUGUCAGCACCCUAUAAUCGUUUGCACAAAUCAAGUACUCAGUGAUAAAGAGGCAGAGGUAAUGCGCUCCAGUUCAUGGUUGUAUCAGUAUUCGUCUCAAACAAAGUUCACGUACGGGCUCUGCGCCAGCGGUCAAGGUCGCGGCACCGUUUAUCCCUCCACAGGAUCCGCUACCAACCAAGCCCAGGAAUACGUUCGGACGUAUUCCAACGACACUGAUGCUCAGCUUUCGCCGUCGCUUCAUUCGGACCGGUCCGAGACGGAGUCGCAUGGUGCCUCGAAGAUCGCGCAGUCGACGGACUACCCCAACAGGCGUCUUCUGCGGGAUGACGCGGAACCAGUGGACAUGUCGAUAAGCGGUGCGGAGCAACACGAGGGCAGGGGCGUCCAGGGUACGGUUUCUGGUCAUCAGCAGCAUGCCCUGGACGACGCAGUCAGGUACCACCACAAGCAGUACCACAAGAGCUCGUUGCAUCUGGCCGGUUAUCGGGCCAAAUUCGUGCAGUGUCAUGGCACGCAAUACGCCAGUGGCUGCGCGGACGUGCUGUCGGUACCGGGUACCAAGUAUUACCUUACCGACCUCGACCGGGACUACUGCUGCGGUGCGGAACGAAGCGGUCUGUUGCUGCACAAGCGGCUACCGACGAAGGCGUUGCUCGCACCGCCACCGCCGCCGCCGCCGCCGCCGUCCUCGAUUACCACCGCGGCGACCGAACAGCCGCCGCCCGACACCACCCCCCUGGAGAAUUGGGGCACCAGCCCGGCGUGGUCGGACGCGCUGCAGAGGGUGCCAGAUGUGGUACACCAGGAACUGAGCCCGUAUAUCACCACACCGACCACGCCGGUCAACACGCCCGAUUCGGACACGCUCGGACACCCGGAGGCACCCAUCUUCAACUUCGAUUGGGCCGGCACCGAGCAACACGUGCCAAAUCUGAAGAUCACCUUUCACCGCAGCAGCACCGCGGCUACCACCGCCGGCCACUCCGCUACUCAGCCUAGGAAGCAACAUCAGGACGCGGUGCAGCCUAUCACGCUACAGUUACCACGUAGGAAAGGACAGUCCGCUGAAAAUGACAGCAAGGAUUUCCCGAAAUGAACUAGAAAAUACGAGUCCGAAGGAGAUCAGUAAGAGUUUAGGGGGACAGACUAAAAAAGAGUACAAGAGUAGGGAAAAAACCUAUAGUUUUCCACCUACAGCUUUCUUUUUAUAGUAAAAGCGUAUAGGAAAUGUUGUUGGACAGUUAGUUCAAAAGUAAAAUUCAUGUAAGAUUUUAGAGAAGAAAUUAGAGACGAAAAAAGAUAGGGUCUAGUAUGUAUGUAUGCACGUAUGUAUGUAAGGAACGAGCGGAAAUGUGUGCGAAGGUGUGCGACUGAAAAGGAGGCGUCGAGAAAAUCGAAUGCGAACACAAAGGAAUAUUCGGACUGUGUCGUACUUACUUACAUCUCUUUGUCACAGACAACGGAGUAUAUUCUUCCAAAUUCUAUCGGUAUCGCAUUACACAAUUUUCUACACGCUCGUUCGUCUUUUCUUUUUCUCUCGUUCUCUCCCUUUCUUUUUUUUUCAUUUUUUUUUUUCUUUUUAUCUUCACGUAUCUGUCUCUUUGGCAUCUUAUAAGUUACUCUCGAAUCGUAAAUUCUUCAUUAAUAUAAAACACGUAUAUAAACAUAGACUGAUUACAUCGGUGUUUACAAUAAUCUACGAUUAAAAAAAGUCGUACAUCAUUUCGUUUAUCUCCAGUAUACGCUUUUAUGCGAGAACAUUCGUUUUGAGAUAAAUAGCACGCAUCGUACGCGUAUAUUCCAAGUGUAUAUAUAUUUAUAUUAUAUAUAUUACAUAUAUAAUAUUAUGUAUAUUACAUAUAUAAUAUAUAUAUUACAUAUAUUAUAUAUAUAUAUAUAUAUAUAUAUAUAUAUAUAUAUAUAUAUAUGUGUAUAUAUAUAUAACUAUGUAUGAAUGUGCAGUGUCGUAAGAGGGUACCCAGGUACAUGCGCUAUAUAUGUUUGAGAUUUCCUUUGAAAAUACCUAAAUCUUACGUUUAACACACGAUCGUGAAAUAUAUUCGCUUUGUACAUUUCAACGCAUUCGACGAAGGAAAGUUUCUCUUUUUUUUUCUUUUUCUUUGGCGCUACGUGCGCAUUACAUUACGUCUCGACGUGAUGUACUACAAAGAAAAACAGGUAAAUAAAGAGAGGCAGUUAAUCGUUUAUAGCAUUAGCAGCUUCAAUCAGUUUUUCGUUCAGUCGUGCUUUAGCGUUAUUAUCUCACGUUAUCGACAUCUCGAUCGGAGGUCUCCACACUGGCCAGAAGUCGACCGUGCGUAAGCCCACGUUGCAAUUCAGUCGCGACUCUAACACGCUCUUUGUCUUACGUUUACGGAGCUUUUGUAAUAAAUAUCGAAAUAAAAUAUCCCGCAGAGUGUAGCUCUGAAGCGAAACCGAACUUUGAAAGUAUGUUCCGGUGCUGGAAUAAAUAAAUAAAAUGUU